GUAGACGACUUCCAACCAUCUAUUUAUUUUAGAAAUGUAUUAACUCCCUGUUAAUUUCCUUGAAUCCACUCCUUCAUGUUUUCCAACCCCUUUUUAACAUGAGCUUCGUAAUAGUACUCUUGUUGUUUGUUGUUUUAGCUCCAGUGAUUGCGGGGCAAGUGAUUGAUUCGAACUGCACAGCUAUGUGCGGAAACAUUACCAUACCUUACCCAUUUGGUGUGGAAGAUGGAUGUUUCUUUAACGAGCACACUGACAAUCAUACAUACUUCAAAAUUCGUUGUAUUAACAAUGUGCCCAUUCAUGGUAAAAACUUUGAAGUAAUACAAAUAUCGUUGGAAGCUAAUGAGAUACGCAUGAAUGCUUAUACAUCUGCAACUUGUUACAGCGGCAGUAAACAAGAUCAGAGUUUUAUAAGCAGUUUAAGUCUGAGAAAAUUUAGAAUAUCUGGCACAAAAAAUGCGUUAGUUGUGAUGGGAUAUAACACCUACGGUUGGUUUUCCGGGAUCAGGAAAGGAAAAAGGUACGAUACUGGUUGUAUGACUAUCUGCAAUGAUUAUGAAGAUGUGGUUGAUGGUGAUUGCAACGGGAUUGGCUGCUGUGAAGCCUCACUACCCGAUGGAAUUACUGGCAUGAACAUUACAAUAGGAAGCUUUCAAAACCUUAUUCCUGUGAAUUUUAAUGCGUGCAGUGCUGCUUUUGCAAUCGCUAAAGACGCUUUUAAAUUUCGAAAAAGUGACUUGAACAACACAUUUGAACACUACAAUAACAGCAAAGUUCCAGUAGUGUACAAUUGGGGUAUUGGAUACAAAAGCUGUGCAGAUGCACGAGCAGAUGAUGAGUUUUUGUGCAAAAACAACACACAGUGUGAUGAUUCAGGGGAUCAAGUGGGAUAUCGUUGCAAUUGCAAGAAGGGCUUUUCAGGGAAUCCUUAUCUUCCCCAAGGAUGCACAGAUAUGAACGAGUGCAGCAAUGGCGGAAUAAAUGCUUGCGAGAAACCAGAAUAUUGUGUGAACACAGUGGGAGGUUAUCAAUGCAGAUGUCCAAAGGGCUACCACGGGAAUGCCACAAAGCAUAAUCCCUGCAUACCUACUACUUCUUCAAAGCGUUGGCUCAUGCCGGUUCUGGUCACUGCAGGCGUUGGUCUUGUAAUCAUAACGAUACUUGUGAUUGGGUUUAUUUGGCAUUGGAAACGUGGACAAAGACAGCUCAAAGAAAUGCAACAAAGAUGUUUUCGACAAAAUGGCGGUGAAAUUCUAAACCAGUUACAAAAUGGGUCUGAAGUACUAGGAAUUUUUACCCUGCAACAACUUGCAAAUGCGACUAACAAUUUUAGCGUCAAAAAUAUAGUCGGAAGAGGAGGAUUUGGCAUUGUUUACAAGGGAUUUUUAUCAAAUAAUUUUGUAGCUAUCAAGAAAUCAAUCAAAGUAGAUCCUGACCAAGUUAAACAAUUUGUCACAGAAAUUCUAAUGUUGUCAAAAAUCAAGCAUAAACACGUAGUCAAGUUACUAGGAUGUUGUCUAGAAGACGAAGUCCCAUUAUUGGUAUAUGAAUUCAUCAACAACGCCACGCUUUAUCACCAUUUACAUAGCGAUACAAGAGCGACCACAUUAACGUGGUCAAUUCGUUUGCAAAUAGCAUCUGAAGUUGCUGAUGCGCUUUGUCAUCUACACCAUGGAUUAGAUAACCAAUGUAUCAUUCAUAGAGAUAUGAAAACGAUGAAUAUACUUUUAGAUGAUACGUACACAGCUAAAGUCGCAGACUUUGGAGCUUCAAGGUUGGUUGCAUUUGAUCAACGAAGAGUAUCUUUAAAGAUGAUAGGAACAUGGGGUUAUUUGGAUCCUGAAUACAUGCAGACAUGUGAACUAACUGAAAAGAGUGAUGUUUACAGUUUCGGUGUUGUGUUAUUGGAACUUCUAACCAGAAAGAAAGUUGUUUCAGAUGAUAGGCCAGAAAAAGAGAGAUUUCUUUCUAAUCAUUUCUUUGUUAAGGUGAAUGAAGGCCACUUGCGCCACAUUUUGGACAAAAAUAUAGAGUGGAACGAGAGUACAUUUAAGGAAGCAGAGCAAGUGGCAAAUUUAGCUAAGUCUUGUUUGAAGUAUAAAGGAGAAGAUAGGCCUACCAUGGAGGAUGUUUCAAGAGAAUUGAAGGGAAUGACAGAAAAUAUUACGCAUCCGUGGAAGAAAGAUGUUGAUCCACAAAUUCGAGAAGAUUGUGAGUCUUUAAUCUCAAGUACUGAAAGAUCAGAUAAUGUUUGUUGCAGCAGUGGUAAUGACUCAACUAUUUAUCACUCGUCUUUAAAGUCAUCCUUGGAAAUUGAGAAGUAAUCAAUAAUUUUUGCAGAAUAUAAUCAGCAUGCAACUUAAUUGUUAUAUUUUAUCAUAUAUGAAUUAAGUGUAUUGUAAAUGUUAAAACUUUUAUCCUUUUUUUGUUAUUGUUUAUGUUAAAUCAUACUCUAUCAAAUAUGGAAUAUGC